AUGAGCAUGCCUAUGAAUGAGGACAACUGGGUCGCCGAGUUUCUGAGGAGUCUCGAUCGAACUGAUGAGAUAGCUGAGCAAGAAAUAAUGAUCGCCAAUCAAAUAACACCAGGGCUAUCCAGAAACAGGCCAGAGAUUGGCAACUCCAACGCGGAGGAUAUUAGUCCAGAUGAGAUGACGGAAGACGAUGGCGACAUGCUCUUCUGGGACAGUAAGAAUCCAACUGUUUUACAUCAACUAGCCCGAUACAGGCUACUGCUACAGCAAUUUCGAGCUCGACUAGUCGUGAUGCGACCACAGCUCGAAGCUGACACCAAUCCGCAAUCGGAUCAACAGAUUGAACAACAAGGCACUGAACGAGUGUCACUGCCCCACACGUUUCUAAGACAAAUGGACGAGGACACCAAUCCAGCUCAUCAGGAUUUAAUUCGAAAGCUUCGACCACACUUCGAAGCUCAAGCUCGACCGCGAUUGGAGCAGGAGCACCUUUUAAUUGUGAUUAUACAAAUGAUGAGAGUAACUCUAGCACCUCUAGCACCCCAAGAAGUACCAGUACCAGACCCUAGACCCAACCCCGGAUCGUCAAUGAUUAAUGAACUGCUUGAUCAGCAGAGAUUUACGCUCUAUACCGAACUAGUCAAUUGUCUUGGACAAAAGCAGCCUGUCGUACUGCAUCGCUUACUGGAACAAGUUCAUGGGCUUGAAAACCUCUUACAAGUUUUCACAGUUGGAAGGAAUUUAGGGAGAUACUUAAAGGCAGAUACGCUGCUACUAAUGAGAAAAGCGGUAGAUCUAGUCCUUGCGCAUCAAACAAGUAAUCGUUCUCCAACUACACAAACAGCACAUGAGCAACUUGCAUCCGAGCCAAGCCAGACGAAUAGCACCCAAGGCACAAGACAGCUAGCGCUACGACAGUCAACGGUGCAGCAGGUGCAGGCGCCUGAUUUCAGUCAACACCGAGGCAUACCCGCUCAAGCUUCUGACGCCGCAUCUGUACCCGAACAACCACGGUCCCCUAUUUUUAGGAACCAAUUUCGAGAUUUUUUCAAUUUUGAACGCUUUAUAUGGCCUCGUGAUGAAAGUCCAGAGUUCACAAGUGAUGAUCCGGACGGGAGUUGA